UGCUUUCUAGGGGUCAGUCUGGCUUGAGCUCUGUCGCUCUCUCUCCGUCACCGGGAGGAAGACAGAGCUGGCUGCCCAGCCCACAGGCUCAUUAGGGGAUGCAGUUAUGGGCGCUGUCGCCGUGGGUGUACCUACCUAUGCACCUUAUAAUCGUCUUUUAUAUCUCAGAUUGUUAUUUUGUGUCAGUAAGUAAUCCAUAAAGUGCCAACAUGGGAAAGAAACGGACAAAGGGAAAAACUGUUCCAAUUGGUGAUUCUUCUGAAUCUUUAGAACCUAUGUGCAGACACAUUAGAAAAGGAUUGGAACAAGGUAAUUUGAAAAGGGCUUUAUUGAAUGUGGAAUGGAAUAUUUGCCAAGAUUGUAAGACGGACAAUAAAAUAAAAGAUAAAUCUGAAGAAGAAACGGAAGAAACCCCUUCAAUUUGGCUAUGUCUUAAAUGUGGGCAUCAGGGCUGUGGCAGAGAUUCUCAGGAGCAACAUGCCUUGAAGCACUAUAUGACACCAAGAUCUGAACCUCAUUGUCUGGUUCUCAGUUUGGACAACUGGAGUGUAUGGUGUUACCUAUGUGAUGAUGAGGUCCAGUAUUGUAGUUCAAACAGAUUGGGUCAGGUGGUUGAUUAUGUUAGAAAACAAGCUGGUACUACAACUCCAAAAUCAGCAGCAAAAGAUGGUAACAUUGAACUCGAAAAUAAAAAAUUAGAAAAGGAGAGUAAAAAUGAACAAGAGCGAGAAAAAAAGGAAAACAUGACUAAAGAAAAUCCUUCCACUAAUUCUGCUACCCAAAUAACUGUGAAAGGACUCAGUAAUUUAGGAAAUACAUGUUUCUUCAAUGCAGUUAUGCAGAAUUUGUCACAAACACCAGUGCUGAGAGAACUACUAAAAGAAGUAAAAAUGUCCGGAACAAUUGUAAAAAUUGAACCUCCUGAUUUGGCACUAACUGAACCCUUAGAAAUAAACCUUGAGCCUCCAGGCCCUCUUACUUUAGCCAUGAGCCAGUUUCUUAAUGAGAUGCAAGAGACCAAAAAGGGAAUCGUGACACCUAAAGAACUCUUUUCUCAGGUCUGUAAAAAAGCAGUACGGUUUAAAGGCUAUCAGCAACAAGACAGCCAGGAGCUGCUUCGGUACUUAUUGGAUGGAAUGAGAGCAGAAGAACAACAAAGAGUGAGUAAAGGAAUUCUUAAAGCAUUUGGUAAUUCUACUGAAAAAUUGGAUGAAGAACUAAAAAAUAAAGUUAAAGAUUAUGAAAAGAAAAAAUCUGUACCAAGUUUCGUGGACCGCAUCUUUGGUGGUGAACUAACUAGUACAAUCAUGUGUGAUGAAUGCAGAACUGUCUCCUUGGUUCAUGAAUCUUUCCUUGAUUUGUCUCUACCAGUUUUAGAUGAUCAGAGUGGUAAGAAAAGUAUAAAUGAUAAAAAUUUGAAAAAGACCAUGGAAGAUGAAGAUAAAGAGAGUGAGGAGGAGAAAGACGAUGAUAGUUACAUCAAAGAAAGGAGUGACAUUCCAUCGGGAACAAGUAAGCACUUACAGAAGAAAGCAAAGAAGCAAGCCAAAAAGCAAGCCAAGAACCAACGAAGGCAACAAAAAAUUCAAGGAAAAGUUCUUCAUUUAAAUGAUAUCUGUACCAUCGACCAUCCUGAAGAUAAUGAAUGUGAGGUUGAAAUGUCACUUCAGGGAGAAGUGGAUGUUAAAUCCAACCAUAUUUCAGAAGAGGAAAUUAUACAUAAAGAAUAUUGUGUUAAUCAGAAAGAUGUGAAUGGCCAAGAAAAAAUGGUAGAAAGUGUAACUGACAAUCAGAAAUCCACAGAAGAAGUAGAUAUGAACAGUGUCCACAUGGAUAACGAUCUGGAUGUCCUGGAGUCUUCUCCCGGUGACUGUACUAGGAAUGUAAAUGGUGCCUAUCUGACAGAAGGGAGUGGUGAUGUGGACAUUUCCAGUGGUUUCAAAAACCUUAACUUGAAUACUGUUCUUCAACCUGAUGAAAUAAAUAUAGAGAUUCUGAAUGAGAGUCAUUCUCCUGGGACCAAGGUAUAUGAAGUCGUAAACGAAGAUCCAGAAACUGCUUUCUGUACUCUUGCGAACAGGGAAGCUUUCCAUACUGAUGAGUGUUCGAUCCAACAUUGUUUAUAUCAGUUCACCCGAAAUGAGAAACUUCGAGAUGCAAAUAAGCUGCUUUGUGAAGUAUGCACCCGGAGACAGUUUAGUGGACCAAAGGCAAACAUAAAAGGAGAAAGGAAACAUGUUUAUACCAAUGCGAAAAAGCAGAUGCUCAUUUCUCUUGCUCCUCCUGUUCUCACUCUUCAUUUAAAGAGAUUUCAGCAGGCUGGUUUUAACCUACGCAAAGUUAACAAACACAUAAAAUUUCCGGAAAUCUUAGAUUUGGCUCCUUUUUGUACCCUUAAAUGUAAGAACGUGGCUGAAGAAAAUACUAGAGUACUGUAUUCCUUAUAUGGAGUCGUUGAACACAGCGGUACCAUGAGGUCAGGGCAUUAUACUGCCUAUGCCAAGGCCAGAGCUGCGAAUAGUCAUCUCUCGAAUCUUGUUCUUCACGGGGAUAUUCCACAAGAUUUUGAAAUGCAGUCAACCAAAGGGCAGUGGUUUCACAUCAGUGAUACUCAUGUGCAAGCUGUGCCUACAACUAAAGUACUGAACUCGCAAGCGUACCUCCUGUUUUAUGAGAGAGUAUUGUAAUAGUUUCAAAGAGUGCUUCCUCCAGAAACAAGCUUAUGGCUUUUAAAAUGGCUGUAAUUAAUAAUAAUAAAGAAGUAAAGCCUAACUAUAAAAUCAUGUUCACUUAAACACAUGCCAGAAAAAAUCAUGUUUAUUAAAAUACUGAAGGGAAGACACCUAAAAAUUUACAGUGGUUUUGUAUUGUCAUAGUGGUUUUUAUUCUUGCUGCCAGUUUCUGGAAAGGAUUCUGAAUUCCUUAAGUCCUCUGUGCUUAAAUAUGUCUGGGUGGUGGGUUAUAACAUCAAUAAACUGACUUACCCCAAAA